AUGCCCAUUGUCAGGACUGUAUCAAACAAAGCUGAAAGCAUGAUCAUGCCAGCAAAGUCAUCGUUGAUUUCAGACGCAAUUCAAUCUCAGCUUCCAGAUGGGUACUCGAUCAGAAAAUUACAGCUCGAGGAUUACGAUAAAGGACUCUUGAGUAAUUUGGCUCAACUCUCUACUGUCGGUGAUGCGUCAAAAGCUGCCUUUGAAGAAAUGUUUAACUACAUGCAAGCACACAGUGAUACCUACUAUCCUAUGGUGGUUGAAGAACUUGCUACAGGAAAUAUCGUUGGAUCUGGAACUGUAUUCAUUGAACGAAAGUUUCUUCAUGGAUGUGGCAAAGCUGCUCACAUUGAAGACGUCGUAGUCAGCUCAAGCAUGCGUGGGAAAUCACUCGGAAAGCAUAUCAUCGAGACUCUCAAAAAUAUCUCAAAAGAAUCAGGGUGCUACAAAGUCAUUCUGGAUUGCGCUGAACACAAUGUUGCCUUUUAUGAGAAAUGUGGGUUUUCUAUGAAGGGAUCUCAAAUGGCCUGUUACUUUGAUCACUGA